GGUAAGAAGCAGAAGCAGAAGAAGAAGAAGAAGAAGACUGUGGGAGACAGUAGUUAGGGACACUAUCGCCAGUGUUUCCGACUCCUGCCAUCUGUUUAUACACCUGUUAAUAUGUAACUAUUGGAAAGUUGCAUGCAGCGAUAACGGUACAAAUGUCGAAAUCUUUUCUUCCACAGUACAGACAACCGAAGCAAACACUAAACCAUAAAACGCUCCACUGAGCUUUUUGUUGAAUCGUCUUCUGUUGCCACUGUUAUGUAAAGUAGACAGAGGCAGAAUGGCAGCUUUACGUGCAGCCAAGCAAGCUCUGAGAAAAGAAAUAAAACGACGGGUUUCUGCGUUGAGUGACCAAGAGAAACAUCGACAGUCUGUAGUCGUUUCACAAAAGCUGUUCAGACACCCCAAGUAUGUGUCCUGUAAGCGGAUCGCAGUGUUUCUCAGUAUGGAUGAUGAAGUGCGCACUGAGGAAAUCAUCAAAGAUGUGUUUAAAGGGGGUAAAAGCUGCUUCAUCCCCAGAUACGAGAGCAGCAGCACCCACAUGGACAUGUUGAAGCUCAACAGUCUGCAGGACAUGGAGACGCUGCCUCUGACAUCCUGGAACAUCCAACAGCCUGCUGACGAUGACAACAGCAGAGAGGAAGCACUGGCUGCAGGAGGUCUGGACCUGAUCCUGAUGCCAGGCCUGGGUUUUGACAUGUCAGGGAAGCGUCUGGGACGGGGGAAGGGCUUCUAUGACACCUACUUGGAGCGCUGCAUCAGACACCCCAAAGGAAAGCCUUACACCAUCGCCUUGGCCUUCAAAGAGCAGCUGUGUCAGGAAAUUCCCGUCAACGACAAUGAUGUGCUCAUAGAUGAAGUCCUGUAUGAGGAUGAUGAGUAGCUGGUGAAUCAUUAGUGGUGGUCCAUGAACUCAAAACUAUCUAUAUUUACAUGCCAAAGCCUGUUGAACCUUUCAUAUCAGAGUUUCAACUUGCAAAAGGUCCCUACCAUAUAUGUUCAAAUACAUAUGAAUUUUCAGUUCUAUAAUUAGAAAUCCUCUACGCCUCCCUCAUUGAAAAAUCCAGAAUCUAUGAAUAUGCAAAUAUGUUCACUUCAAAAGUUUUCCUGGACACAAGAUGUC